GAAGACUGGAGUCAGUGAUUGCGCCUCUCGCUUCCAGCUCGGGGUGGCGCUUGUGGGGGUCACAGGUGACCGUGGGGGUUCUCGCUUGCUCCCUAGUUAUGGAAGCCCGGGCGCACCUCCCGGAGGCAUGAGGCGACAAUGGGAGCCUGCCAUGAGGGUAGCCGAGCAGGCGGGCUGUGUGGUGAGCGCCUCUCGGGCCGGGCAGCCCGAGGCGGGCUUGUGGAGCUGCAGUGGGGUGAUCCUGAGCCGAAGCCCGGGCCUGGUGCUUUGCCAUGGCGGCAUCUUCACCCCUUUUCUGCGGGCUGGCAGCAGGGUGCUGACUGAGGCCGGUGCCAGCUUCCUGCCCCGCGACAGUUGCGGCGAUGACCUGCGCCUGCACGUGCAGUGGGGCCCAACGGCCGCGAGUCUCUCAGGCCGCGUCGAGCGCGGCCGCCUGGGGUUGUGCACGCCCCAGUGCGCCGGCCUGGAGCCCAGUCCCCCAGCCCGGCACCGCGGCCGGCCCCUGGAGCCCCCGCACCCUGCUGAGCUGCUGCUGUUGCUGAGCUGCCCGGACUUCCGGGCACACUUCGCGAGCCUCUUCGGGAGCGAAGCGGCCGAACAGUGGCGCUUCGCAAGCGCUGCACGGGAGGAGGAAGUGUCGGAGGAAGAGGAGGAGGAUCAGCUGAGAGCUCUGAGCUGGUUCGCGCUGCUGCGUGUGAGGCACGGCCUGGAGGAGGAGGCAGACCUGCGCGGGCCAGCAGUGGCCGUGGUGCCUCUCGGGACCGUGCCCAAGGGCACUCCGCUGCUGGCCUGUGGCUCCCCGUUUGGGUCCUUCUGCCCUGACAUCUUUCUCAAUACACUCAGCCGCGGUGUGCUCAGCAACACUGCGGGCCCGCUACUGCUCACCGAUGCACGCUGCCUGCCGGGCACUGAGGGUGGUGGCGUGUUCGCAGUGCGACCUGCGGGGGCACUGGUGGCGCUGGUGGCGGCGCCCCUCUGCUGGAAGGCCCACGAGUGGGUGGGCCUCACACUGCUCUGCGCUGCUGCUCCUCUCCUCCGCGCCGCCCGUGAUGCGCUCCGUUCCUUGCACCCCAACACGACUUCCCUGGCCGCUCUUCUGCCCCCCGAGUUGGGCGCCCCGUGGGCCCUGCCAAUCCAAGAUCCCGGACCCCCGUGGGCAGCCGCAGCCGUUCUGGUGGAGUGUGGCACCGUCUGGGGCUCUGGAGUGGUCGUGGCGCCCCGCCUCGUGGUGACCUGCCGGCAUGUGGCACCCCGCAAGAUGGCCAGAGUCCUGGUGCGCCCCACCACCCCCAAGAGCGCCAAGAUCUGGGGACACGUGGUGUUUGCCACUCGGGAGACAUCUCCAUAUGACAUAGCAGUUGUGAGCCUGGAGAAAGAACUAGAGGGUGUCCACAUGCCUGUGCCCACUGAGCACUUCCACGAAGGUGAGACCGUCAGCGUGGUGGGCUUUGGCGUUUUUGGCCAGGCUUGUGGGCCCUCGGUGACCUCGGGCAUCCUGUCAGCUGUGGUGCAGGUGGAUGACACACCGGUGAUGCUGCAGACCACAUGUGCCGUACAUGGUGGCUCCAGUGGGGGACCCCUCUUCUCUACCUCCUCAGGGGAUCUCCUGGGCAUCAUUGCCAGCAAUACCCGGGACAAUAACACGGGGGCCACCUACCCGCACCUGAACUUCAGCAUUCCCAUCACGGUGCUCCAGCCGGCCCUGCAGCGCUACAGUCAGACUGGCGACCUGGGUGGGCUCCGAGAGCUGGACCACGUCGCUGAGCCUGUGAGGGUGGUAUGGCGGCUGCAGCGGCCCCUAGCAGAGACCCCGAGGAGCAAGCUCUGAGUCUGUGUCACCCUUGGGAGAGAGGAGUAACCAUUUUAUGCCUGGGGAGUGCCAAGGUGAUGGCAGCCUCAGGAUCGUGGCCUGGCAUGCCCCAGCUGAGCAGACCAGGUAGGCCUGGUAGUACAGGCCUGGGGUAGGCCAGGUAAGCACCCCAUCACCACCUGCCUUGUUUGGCCCUGGAUCAAACUCCAGCCCCGUGGGUCUCCAGGCUGGUGGCCCAUUUUGGGGUGCUUUCUUCAGCCCCCACCUCUCUGCCCCUGGCACUAGACUCAGCUCUGUUACUCCCCAGCUGGGGAGCCUGGCACAACAGCCCUGGUCCUGAUGACAGACGCGUUGGCGGGCAGGCAGGCCCAGCCCUGCUCUCGAGUCCCUUCCCUGUCACCCCAUGGCCGCUGGCCACCCGAGUGGUUGCUUCCCUGGGGCCUCGACUCCUGUCGCUCUCUGUCAGAAUGGGCGGCCGGCAGGCCCCUGGCACCCCCUCAGAAAACCUCGGCAGAGAGACCCUGCCCUGAGGACCAGAGACAAAGGAAAGGGAGCUCCUUGUUCUUCCUGACCUAGGGGGAGGUAGAGUCCUCGGAAGUCAGGACUCCUGGGUCUUCAUAUGUCAGGUGUCACUGACCUGCGGGGGCACUCUGACACAGUGCCUUACUUUUCCCAGCCCAUAAAUGGGUCUCAGGAAUCUUGGUGGGGCUGGGGCUGGUGGUUAGAGCGUGUCUGGUUGGGGUUUGGGAAUAAACGGGACCUAUGGGAGGAACUCUUUACCUGUAUGUAUCACACUCUUUUUUUUUUCCUUUUGGUUUGGAGAGUCCAGUUGGUAAUAAGCAAACACCAGGCACAGAAACAUACCUUUUCUGUCCCAUGUUCUCAGUGGGGUUCGAUCUCACAGGAUAUUCUCAAGCCAAACGGUUCCUGUCACUACCCCUGGCUCCUGGAAAUUCGGACAAAAGUCCUUUGUUAGGACUUUUGUCCUAACAAAGGAGCCCUGAAAGGAGCCCUGAAGUUCUGUCCCCGAGCCGGGGCACUGUGGAGUGGGAAGAACGGAGAGAUGUGGGGUGGACUGCCUCGACCAGGGUGUGCGAGGAGUCGCACCAAGGCCCCCUUCCCUCUCGGAUCGAGGUGGCGCCUUGUCACCAAGAUGUUGAAUGGCAGUCGGACAUCUUCUUGGUUUUGGGGGUUCUGGGUAGGUCUUUGGAGAUGGGCCACCAGCUCUGAUAUGCCAGGCCCCAAGCCCGGUGUAGGGUCACUGCACACCUCUCUCUCCUCCCUCCUGGCUCCAGGUUUGGGCUGUGGUUUUUUUAGAGCCUCGCCCUUGCACUCUGCCCAUUGGAAUCCCCUUCAUCUGCCGGAGCCCAGAGCUACCAAGAAAUCUUCCUUGACCUUCCCAUGCCCCAGGGCAGGCUGUAGCGCUGUUUACUUCUGUCUCCCACAGGGCCCCGGGCCGGUGCCCAGUACAUUUCCAAGCCUCUCGAUUGGCAGUUGAGAGUCUUGCCUGCUCAGCGACCUCCGGCCCCCUUAGGAAUCAUGCCGGACAGAGGGGUUUCCCUGCAGUAACCUCAAGGCCCAGCCCCUCCGCUGUACUGGCUGCAUGACUUUGCCAAGUUCUUAGCUUAUUAGCCUCAGUUUGCUCACGUGUGAAACAGAUGAAUAAAACUGAGCUUACAGGGCCCAUGUGAAAAUUAAAUUUGAGAAGCUAUUCAAAGCACUUAGUUUGUUUUCAAUAAAUAUUAGCUAUUGUUUUUCUAGA